AUGAACGGAACAGGCGGAGACUCGAAGCAGGGCGACGGCCUGGCUGUCGCCAAAGAGCCCAAGCCUGUAAUAAAACAUCCUUGCGCAUCAACGAGGGAAGACGACCUGACUACGAAGGCAUUGCGCUUUCUAUCUACAGCCUCCGUGGAAACACUGGGUGGAAUUGCCGUUAGUCUUGCGGCUUGUACAUAUCUCGUCCUGGGAAGACUGGGGUUGGUUUUGAUCGGAAUUCUGGGAGGAGUGGUGUUGCAUGCAACAUGGGAGGGCCAGAGCUCUUUGGCUGGUACGGUUGAGGAUGCGCGGAGAGAAAAGGGGAUGGACAUAGUCAAACGGAUUCUGGAUCUGAGGGAGGGCAAGGACCAAGAUGUGGAAGAAGAUAUCGAGGACCAGAUUAAAGUGGCUAGCUUUGAAGGUUUCCAACCAGAAACUAGAGCAGCUCUCAAUGAUCUUAUCGAAGCUGUUUUACAGAACUAUGUAAAGUGGUGGUACAGUCCCAUUCUUCCAAAAGACGAGUCUUUCCCAGCAGCAACCCGCCAGACUCUCACGAGAUUCAUCCUGUCGGUUUCCCACCAUCUUUCCCGAAAGCGUCCCGCAGAUACGUUCCUCGACUUCCUCACCAAUUCCUCCUCGAUUGUCAUAGUUUUCCUCAAUGAAUUAUCAAGCGCCAUGUCUGCAACACAAGGAAUGGGUAUGCCAGCAACUGAAGCUGUAUAUACAUACUUGUCUUCAAAUCCCGACUCGAACCUUGCAAAUGUCCUCAACGAGAAGCAGCAGAUGAAAAAGUUCAAAAUGAUUGCUGAAGAUAUACUGCAAAACUUCCUGGAGAAGUCAGCCUAUGAUUGUGAUCCAGCAAGGAUCUUCUUGAGAGAGAUUCUAGGAGGUGUUGUGCUGGAUAUGACAUUAAAAAGUUGUUCAAAACCGGAAUGGAUAAAUGGAUGGAUUGUAUAUCUUCUAGAAGAUGGCGAGCCGGAUUUUAACCAAGCCAUAGAUGCAGGUAUGGGUAAUGGGCUAGAGACUGGGAGUCCAUUUCAUGAUAUAGAUGGUAAUGUGGGCAAUAUUGGGUUGGCAAAACCCCUCAAGUCGCAGAUCGAGAAGCAAAACCAGGAGUCUAAGCGACACAAGAAACGUUUGAGCAGGGCAGAGGAGGCAAUGGAGGAGGCAAUGGAAGAAGCAAAGAGGCUCUCCCAGCUUAUUGCAGAAGAGGACGCAAAGAAAACUCAAAGCACCUCACAACCAUUAAACGACGGUCCCAAGACUUUAAUGGAUGCCGUGGAAGAGAACGCUCAUGAACUGGACUUGAAGACGACUGAGUUGACCGGCAAUACACCAACGCAGUCUCAUACCAAAGAGCUACCUACCACCGAAAAUCGCAGUAAUCGUCCCGAAACUCCUAUUUCUCCCAAGCCUACUGCGUCUAGUUCAUCGUUACCAUCGCAGACAGGGUCUUCCUUCACCAGCUUCGACCAGAUUGUCCCACAACACCUUCCCCUUGCGCUUCAAGAGGGCUCGCCACGUUCUCGAAGAAAAACGGUGUCCUUGACACUUCACAAUGCGAAUAUCAUCAUUCAUGAUGACUCAACGCCAUCCGACAAGGGCAAGAUUCGCACAAAGCCCAUGGGAGAUUACCUUGUUCAAAUUGAGCCUGUAUCCUCCCAUCAUCCCGGGUGGAUGAUUGUCCGAAGAUACCCUGAUUUUGAGAUUCUUCAUGAGGUUCUACGACGAAUUGCACAGGUUUCAGGUGUUACAGCAUUCACAGAACAGCACUCGACAUUACCUAAUUGGAAAGAGCAUACAAAGCCGUCAUUGCGAGGCGAACUUGAACGAUAUUUACGUGAUGCCUGUUGGUAUCAGCCUCUCGCUGAAAGUGAAGGAAUGAAGAGAUUCUUAGAGAAAGACCAAGGUCACACGAUGUCUGGUUCAAGCUCGAAGAAUGGGAAUGGCUUCCCCGGGAUUGGCUGGCCAACCCCUUCAGCUUUUGAGACGAUGGGUAAGGGGAUGCUGGAUGUACUUGCGAGCGCGCCCAAAGGAGUCGCUGAAGGUGGGAAAGUCAUUGGUGGUGGCAUCACUGGAGUCUUUUCCAACAUUGGAAAUCUGGGCCAGAAGAAAGCAAAUGGCACACCUGUGAGCUCGACAAAUGUAGGAGUCCACACUGCAGCUCGAGCGUCAACAUCGACGUUACCUAGAAUGGACAGUCAAAUUUCUCUUAGUGGUUCACGAAAGGGAAGAGCGAGUGAAGACAGUUUGCGAGUAUCGCCGAUUAUUCACACUCAACCAUCCAAAAUACCACCUAUGGAACGAAGGCCAAGUAGCAAUUCGAUUGCUGAGGAUACAAAUGAAAACGAGCCUCGUGUGUCAUCUGCGAGGUCGUCAAUGAGUGGACGACGAAGCACAAACCAUAGUCGAGAUCCAAGCAGAGCGCCUUCGAGAACUACUCCCCUAUCAUCUCCCACACAAGAAAACAUUCCAAGGAGAAUCGAUGAGAUCAAAUUGCCACCCCCGCCAAGUGAUAUUGCCGAUGAUUAUGGUGUGCCAAUCGAAGAAUCUUCUGCAACAGCUCGGACAUCCACAAGUACUGCGCCCUCUCCAGGCCGACCAUCGCUUUCCACGCCUAGGAGGCUCUCCGUGCCUGUGGUUCAGACUCCUGCUCGCAAGAUCCGCAAAGAGCCUGCCCCUCUUUCGGAAGCGGAAACUCGAGUCGCUGUCGAACUCCUCUUCGCCGUCAUCAACGAGCUCUAUACACUGUCUUCGGCAUGGAAUAUCCGCCGCACACUACUCUCUGCAGCAAAGACAUUCCUCCUACGACCCAAUAAUCCUUCCUUGAACUCGAUUCAGUCUCUCAUUCAAGACUCGGUCAUAGCUUCGAACACUACGGACGCGGGUAUUGCGGCACAACUUCGAAAACUUCGAGAGAACACAAUGCCUACAGAAGAAGAAUUGAAGGCUUGGCCCGCAGAGAUGUCCAUGGAAGAGAAGGAGAGAUUGCGAAUCAAGGCUAGAAGGCUACUCGUUGAGCGAGGUGUGCCAGCCGCCUUGACGGGUGUAAUGGGGCAAGCCGCAACGGGCGAAGCAAUGGGACGGGUCUUCGACUGCCUACAGAUCGAGGAAGUGGCGCGAGGUUUGAUAUUUGGGUUGCUAUUACAAUGUGUUCGGGCAGUGACACAUUAG